AUGGGGAAACCAGAUUUUUGUACUCAGAUUGUCCAAAGUCUGGAGAAUGUGUGGGCUGAAAACAUUUUAUUUGACUUUGCAGUGAGAGUUCAUGAUGAAAUCAUCCAAUGUCAUCGUCUCAUCCUAGCGGCAUGUUCAGAUUUUUUUAAGGCGCUGUUCAGGUCUGGUAUGAAGGAGGCAACUGAAAACUGUGUUGAGAUAAAAAAUGUUUCAUGUGAAGUUUUCCGCUUAAUAUUAAAAUCUAUAUACACAGGAACAAGUCUGUUGACUUUAGACAAUUUUAUUGACGUUUGGCACGCAGCACAUAUGCUACAAGUAAAAGUUAUGAUCAAUGUUUGUGAGGAAUUUGCUAUCACAUCAUGUUCAUUGGACACAUGGGAAAAUAUUUAUCUCCAUGCAAAGCUUUUGUGUUCAGACCGUGUACUUGACAACCUUAACAGAUUUAUGACAAGAAACUUUGAACAUAUUAUAUAUUCAUCGACGUUCCUUCAGAUGUCCUUUCUGGAAAUUAAAAAUGUGAUAAAAGUCCAAUAUCUUGAAGUCGGCAAAGAAGAUGUUGUUCUUGAAUCUGUUAUGAAAUGGGUCGAAUGGGAUACGGAAAAGCAUACAUUUUCAGUAGGCAGUAAGGAUUUGAUGACUGGACUUGCUUUACCAACUGAAGAUAAAAAAACAUUUAAAGAACGAGAGUCGUGUCGAAAAGACAAACUUACGGAACUAUUAAUGCAAGUUAGAACAUGUCUCGUAAGUUCUGCUGUUUUAUCAAGAAUUCUAAAACUAAAUUAUGUUUUAGAAAACAAAGAUUCAAGACAAAUAAUGAUCGAUGCAUUGUCAUACAAAGCCCAGGAUUUCAAACAUGGUCAGUGGCCAUCAGCGGCUAUACACAGAUCUGGUAGCAAGUACAUAAAUGCUGGAAUAUAUGGUAGAAGAGAUGGAUCUUAUGGAGUAAUCUCUGCAUACUUAGGAAGAAAAUUUAAAAUUAUAAAAUGCGAAUAUUUAGAAGAGACUAUUCAGCUGGUCAAUUUCGACGGUGAAUUAUUUGCAACAGGAAAACAAAGCAACCAACCAAACGGACCUUGUCGAAUGUUUGUUUACUGUCACCAUGAUUGGAAGGAAAUUAUGAAAAUGCCAAGUCUCAAUUUGUUAUUAGUGUCACAUGGAGAAUUUAUUUACAUCAUCAACAAAGAUGAUCAAUUUAUUUAUAACAUUAAUCCAAAAGGGAGAUACCCUCAUUUUAAAAAAAUCAAGAAAUUACCAGCAAAUGUUGAAGUAAAACAUGCAAUGACUCUGGAAAACUUCCUUGUAUUAUUUAGCUCUGAAUCGCUUAACGGUAUAGAAAAGACAGCGGUUCAUACAUUUGGUAUUUUGUCCAACGUUUGGACCAGAUUAGACAAUCUUGAUGGACCAGCUGAACAGCUGAUUAGUUUCAGAAACGACAAACACAACUACAUUCUACAGACCAAUGGGAGUUUGUGUCUGGUGCUUUGUUCAUCUGAAACUGAAAACAUCGAAUUUAAAUUUCUUACCAAACUUUGGAACUUUACAAAACAACUGUAUGGUGCUUUAACGGUUCAAAGUCAGCUGAUAAUUUUUGGAAACGACCCUGGCAAUGACCCACCUAACCAGAAAAGAAUUAGCGAGCUGCCAGAGCACUUUACGAGAAUAUCCCACUGGGGAAACGACACUUGCUGUUCCAAUUUUGUUCCCAUCACCAUAAUGAAUAGUGCUGUAAAUUUUGAUAGAAUGCUGUAG